GAUGAAGAGAGUAAACUCGGUUGUCUCGAGGCCUGAUGUUUCCGAUCAGCGUCAUUCAUUAGUAUCCAGAAAGCUCAGAGACGACCUCUUCUCCGCCAUCACCACCAAAUAUGCAACCGACGGCAGCAACCCCUCGUUGCCUUUCCCCUCCGAGAAGCUCAAGUCCGAUGUCGAGCGGCGGCUUCAUGAGUAUCUCCCCUCCUUCCACACUCCUACUCACCUUCCAUAUGCCUCGAUGAUACAGAGGGCAAUAGCUGAAGUGGGAGAGGAAGAUGGGUUGAGCGAGGAGUCUAUUUCGGAUUUUAUCGUGAAUGAAUAUGAGGAUUUGCCAUGGGCGCAUGCAGCUCUUUUGCGUCGCCAUUUGGGGAAGCUUUGUGAAAGUGGGGAGCUUGUGAAAUCGAAAUGUGGGAGAUAUAACUUUGAGGUGGAGGAUAAAGGAGUUAAAAGGAAGAGACGGCGGAGAAAGUCAGUGGGAAGGAGUCGGUACCGAGGAGUGGAGAGUACAGAUGAUAUUGAAGAAGAUCUUGAUGGGAAAGAGCAAUCAAAGAAAUUGAAAAUCAUAGGACCCCGAGCAGUGGAGGUAGUUACAAGUAAAGGGACUGAAGAACAAAAUGGUUUGCUGAGAGAAGAAAUUGGUGGGGUUGAAGAUGGAGAUCAAGCAGAAGGAGGCCAAGUUGAAGGGCUAGGUGAACUGAAAGAAGUUCAAGAAGAUGAAAUGAUAGACGAGUGUCUUGAAGAGGAAAUCAAGAUUAACGAUGGGCCAGAAGACUUUGAUUGGCAGAUGCAAUCACAGAAUCUGGUGGUAUUAGGUCUUUGUGCGCCAGGAAAUAUUAAAGAGAUUGAACAACAAAGUGGUUCGUUGGGGAAACAAGUUCGCAGGGCUGAAGAAAGAGAUCACAUGAAAGGAGGCCAACUUCGAGAAGAUGUAACAAUUGACCGAUGUUGUGAAAAGGAAGUCGAGUGUAGAGAUGGGGUUCAAGAUUUUGAUAAGAAAAAGCGAUCACAGAAUCUGGCUACGGAGCUCUGCGCAAAGGAGACACUAUUGAGGGAAGGGACUGAAGAAAAAUGUGGUUUGUCGAGAGAAGAAAUUGAUGUAGCCGAAGAAGGAGGUCACACACAAAAAAGCCAAUUUAUAAUGAUAUAUGAACUUAAAGAAGUUGGAAAUGUUGGGUUGAUUAAUGGUCAUCACGAAGUGAAAAGUAAGAGUAGAGAUGGGGCUGAAGAUUUUGGUGGGAAAGAACAACUGCAGGAUCUUGUGGUUGUUGGACUCCAUGUAGGAGAGGCACCAACAACUAAAGGGACUGAAGAACAAUGCAGUUCAUUAAGAGAAAAAAUUGAUGGGACUGAAGGAGAUGGUGCACAAGUAGGCCAAACUGAAGUGCUAGAUAAACUCAAAGAAGUUCAAGAAGUUGAAAUGAUUAAAAACUAUCAUGAGGAGGAAGGACAAAGAGUAGUGAUGGAAGAACCAACUGAGAGACCAUACGGGGGAUCAAACGUAGAAGAGUUACCUAGUGAAGAAGCCACUUUGGAGUUCUUUGAUGCUAUGCCUAACCAUGCCAAUGCUGAAGAAACUUUACUGAUUGAUGCUCAAUGUUGCAAGAAGUUACGAGAGGAAAAUGAAAAUUUGGAGUUUUUUGAUGCAAAGUCUGACCACGGCAAUGAUGAGGCGAAUGGAAUGAUUGAUGACCAAUCCUCGAAGGGGAAGGUACCAAGCGAAGUGAAUGAUCAACAAAAUAGACUGCAAGAACAACUGCUAUCAAAGCAUCAGACCGAUACACUGAAGCAUGCAGAGCAAGGGGCACCUAGCACAUCUGAGGCACAUAUUAUUUGUGGUGACAAGAGUCAACCUGGUCGGGGACGUCGUGGUC